CUUCCUCCCGCGGUCAGGUUCCGUUCAAAACAAAUCUGGAAAACUACACGGAACGCCAUUUCUCGGGGUUUGCGCGGAGGAAGAGCGGGGAUUAAUAUAUUUUCCAUUCACAUAUUUAUAUUUUUUGAUAGCGGGGCGGAUCGUACUCCAUUCGGCGGUGAUGGACAUAAUGAUUGCAGUGCAGGAUGCGUACGUCUCCGGUCAGUGGCUCACCGCUAUAAUUCUUAGUCUUUGCUGCUUUUUACCAUCGUGUUUGCCCGCUGGACAAACUGUGGACUAUGCGUCCAGCGAGAGUGUGGUCAGCAGACAGGGAGACACCGCGCUGCUCAGAUGCUACCUGUUGGAUGGAAUCUCAAAAGGAGCAUGGUUGAACCGUUCCAGUAUCAUUUAUGCAGGGAAUGACAAGUGGUCAGGAGAUCCUCGGGUGUCCAUCGUAUCAAAUGUGGGGGACAAACAUGAAUACAGCUUACAGAUACAGAAAGUGGAUGUAACAGACGAGGGCUUGUAUACCUGCUCGAUACAGAGUGAACGUAAUCCACGCCCAAAGCUCAUUCAGUUAAUUGUAAAAGUUCCUCCCAAAAUCUAUGACAUUUCAUCUGACAUUACGGUAAACGAAGGCAGCAAUGUUUCACUCAUCUGCACAGCCAGCGGAAAACCAGAGCCAAAAAUCUCUUGGAAACACAUCUCUCCAUCAGCCAGGAAGUAUGAAAGCGGAGAGUAUUUAAAUAUCACAGGCAUCACUCGGGAUCAAGCAGGGGACUAUGAAUGUGGUGCAGAAAACGACAUUGCUUCACCCGACACCAAGACUGUGAGAGUCACAGUCAACUAUCCUCCAGCAAUCCAUGAGAUGAAAAGUCACCGGGUUCGACCCGGUCAGAUGGCCCUGCUGAGAUGUGAGGCAGCAGCUGUCCCCUCUCCUGUCUUUGAGUGGUACAAGGGAGAGAAAAGGAUUAACAUGGGUCAAGGUAUAGACAUCAAGAAUCUCAGCUCCAGAUCAAUUCUCACAGUGAAAAACAUAACACAGGAUCGCUAUGGUAACUACACCUGUGUGGCUGUCAACAGGUUGGGAACAGCCAAUGCCAGUGUGCCUCUGAUUCCUAUUAUUGAAUCCACAACAACUAGUGCUGUCUCAAGUCCAGGAGUGUUGGAUUAUGGGUAUUCAGAAAGAAGCAAUACAAACGCACCCAACACCGCUCCGUAUGGAAGUACAGGAGGCGCUGACGUCCUGCUGGCCUGCCAGUACCUGAUCCUGGCUCUCUCUUCUCUCGUCAGCGUUUACUAGCCCUGGGGAUGGCCAUACACAAUGACUGUAAAGAACCCUUUUGAGAAUUUACAGAAUCUUUCACAUCGCUGAUGGCUGGAUCCAAUCUGGUACAGUUUGUUUGGAAAGUAACAAGGGAUUUGAAUCAGCAUUACUUGUGUUGGGAUGGUAAUUGUUUUUCUUUGGUGUUUGUAAAUACAUGCGGUUUUAGGUUUUUUUUUUUUUUUUUUUUUUUUUUUUUGUGAAUCAGAGCACAUUGUCCCCCUUUGAAGACUCCAAAAUUAGCUGAAAUCAUGCUUUGGAAAAUUGAGGGUGUUUGACAUUAGUGUCUUUGUUAUUGAAAAUGGAAAGGCGCCCUAGUGUGCCACCUUGCUCUCUGUGCUGGUACAGCAUUUACAUACCCAUGAAACGGGGAAAGUAUUUAGAUCAUCAAAGGUUUUGGUGAGCUCAUUUAAAACCCAUGAGUCAAAAAACAUUGUCUUACAUUUCAAAAAUGGAUUAUAUAAACAAAUAACGGUAUAUAGUUGAUGGCAAAAGAACAAAUUUAAGAGUAGUUUUAGUAUAAUAUCCCAAUGAAAUAUGAUUAAUCAUUUUGUGGACCAAAAUUACAGCCAUACCUCAAUGGUUUAGACCUUUGUGCUAUAUAGCCUUUUUCAUUUGACGGCAAUAUACAAAGUAAGUUCAUAACCUAUACUAGUUAUUCUAGAAAUACAUGUUUUAGUUAUGAUUGCCUCUUCUCAAAAGUUUUCUUUAUUGGGGAGAAAUCCUUGAUUGCAUUCCAGAUUAAAAUAUAAAUGAGUAUAAGAGUAUGUGAUAAAUCUUUUAAAUAAUAUUGGGCUAUUUAAAGGGAUAGUUCUCUCAUCAUUUACUCACCCUCAUGCUAUCCCAGAUGUGUAUGAAUUUAUUUCUACUGCUGAGCACAGAUGAAGAUUUU